GAACAGAGUAGCAGGAGCAAACCAACAGGAGUAUUACAGUUGAGACACGUCUUGCUGUUUGCUGUUAAAGAUAAAUUAUGGUAAACUAAGUUUGCAGGGUUUUUCCAAACUACACAACAGAGUUUCUGCACAUUGAUAUGGCUGCUGCCAGCAGUUCACUGUCUGAAGAUCAGUUUCUGUGCUCCAUCUGUCUGGAUGUGUUCACUGAUCCAGUCAGCACACCAUGUGGACACAACUUCUGCAAGAACUGCAUCACUUUACACUGGAAUUUUUAUGUUUUCUAUCAGUGUCCCAACUGUAAUAAGGUUUUUGACACAAGACCUGAGCUGCAGGUCAAUACUUUUGUCUCUGAGAUGGUUUCUCACUUCAGACAGUCAGCUCAACAGAGAGCCAGCAGCUCAGAGCAACAAGCUGCUGAACCAGGAGACGUUCCCUGUGACGUCUGCACUGGACCCAAAGUGAAGGCCCUGAAGUCCUGCCUGGUGUGUCUGGUCUCCUACUGUGAGACUCACCUGGAGCCUCAUCUGACAGCAUCAGGCCUGAAAAGACAUCAGCUGAUCGACCCUGUGGAGAACCUGGAAGGCAGGAUGUGUCCGAAGCACGAUAAACUGCUGGAGCUGUUCUGUAAGACCGAUCAGAUGUGUCUCUGCAUGCUCUGCUCUGUUUUGGAUCACAAGUCACAUGAUGUUGCACCUGUGAAAGAACAAUAUGAAAGAAACCUGGCCAAGCUGGGUAAGACAAGGGCUACAAUUCAGCAAAUGAUCAAGACGAGACAAUUUAAGAUCCAAGAGUUCAAAGAUUCAGUCAGCAUCAGCAGGGAAAUUGCAGACAGAGAGAUAGCAAACAGAAAUCAUGUCUUCGCCAAGCUGAAGGAGGCUAUUGAGAGAAACCAGGCCAAACUUAUUAAGACAGCUGAAGAAAAGCACAGAAUGACAGAGUAACAGGCUGAAGGCUUCAUCAAAGAGCUGGAACAGGAAAUCUCUGAGCUGAAGAAGAGAAGCUCCGAGCUGGACCAGCUCUUAUUCUUAGAAGACCACCUUGACUUCCUCCAGAACUUUUCAUCCCUGGAUGCUGCUCCACCCACCAACAACUGGACACAGGUCAAAGUCUGUCCACCUUCAUAUGAGGGGACUGUGGGGACAGCUGUUGAUCAGUUGGUGGAGAUGUUCAUAAAACAGGUCAAGACGUUUCUCAAGGCGUCUGAGCUGAAGACGGUCCAGCAGUAUGCAGUGGACGUCACACUUGAUCCUGAUACAGCAAAUCCCCGACUCAUACUGUCUGAAGAUGGGAAACAAGUACAUGAUGGUACUUUGUGGAAGGAUCUCCGACAUAACCCAAAGAGAUUUUCUCACGGUCUCUGUGUCUUGGGGAAGCAGUUUGUUUCUACAGGAAGAUUUUACUUUGAGGUUCAGUUGAAAGGAAAGCCUGAUUGGGGUUUAGGAGUUGCUGCAGAGUCAGUCAACAGAAAGGGGCUACUCAGUGUAAGCCCUAAGAACGGUUACUGGACAAUGCAUUCUAGGAAAGGAAAUUUCUACCAUUCUUUUACUGAGACCUUCGUCCCUCUCUUUCUGACAUUGAAGCCUGAGAAGGUGGGGGUGUUUGUAGAUUAUGACGAGGGUCUGGUCUCCUUUUAUGACGUUAAUGCUGCAGCUCUUAUCGAUGCCCAUAUUGGCUGCUCCUUCACUGAAAAACUCCACCCAGUCUUCCUUCCCUGUGCAAAUCAGGGUGGUAAAAACUCUGCCCCUCUGAUCAUCUGUCCUGUCUACCCUACUUAGUGGAAUGACAUGUCAUGUUCCGCAAAAAGACUGACUUUGAGGUGAGAUGAGAUGAACUUUCUUAAGACAGAUGGAAAUUCAUGCAGUUGCAGA